CACGAUCGGUUAUUGGAAAGAGCAGUGUAAGCAGAAGUGCUCUUGAGCUUAUUUUGCGAUAAUCGUGCGAAAAGUAGCAUAAUUGACGCUGAUCGCUCCAUUGAUUCAUUGAAAGGUGUCUCAAAAACAAUUAUCAGCCAUUCAUGUAGCAAAAGGACGCUGCGUGCGCUUACUUUUGAUAUUCACGCACAUAACGCAUGCACGCCUUGCACAGAAUCAGCGCGCAAGAAGAGUCAGCAAAAAACAAAAACAGUUAACGGCUGAUUACAACGUUUCGCUACCUUUCAUACGAACUGUCAACUAGCAUCUGUCUAUGUGUUUGUGAGUGCGAAGAAAAUUUGACGUACAGUGCAGUUUUGUUUACGUUUCGUCGAAUCGGCUCUUGCUUGAGGCUUCGUUUACUUCUGUUAGCUUUGGCUGUGUAUUAUCGAAUCUUGUGCCGUUCUGGAAAGUUUAUUUCGAGAAGAAAUGCGCCACUAUAUUCCGUGUGCUGCUGUGGUGCCGGUACACUAUUUGCAUUAAAUUUCAAUGAUCAGUUACCACGAAUUGCUAUACUUUUGCUGGAACUAGCGGCAUGAGCCAACACACUCAACAUAACGAAAAUGUUGCCGUCCUGCAACCAACCAGCAACGAGAAUUGGUCCGUCCCGUUCUGCAACUGCGAGUAUCCUAGUGAAAUUAGAUGGAAAUAUUCUGGGAAAAAAACGAUGCAGUGCAAGUGCGGCGAGGAUACGUCGAGCCGGCUCGAUUGGACGUGGGACAAAGAGUUGGCAUUAGAGGCUUUGGUGCUGGGCACGGAAGUCAUAUUUCACCCGGUGUACAGUCAAGGCACUACCAUAGUGCGUGGCAAUCACUCACUGCACAUUGGCCGACAUCAUUACUGGGAGCUGAAAAUAAUGUCACCACUAUCCGGCACAGAUAUCAUGUUUGGCAUUGGAACUGAUAAGGUGGAUUUGUUCAAACAUCAGUUCUCGUUUACCAGCGUGCUCGGCAUCGAUGACCAAUCGUGGGGUUACUCCUAUCGAGGCUUAGCCCAGCACAACGGUCGGCUGAAGUACUACGGGAAAAAGUUUAGCCGAGGACGCAUCAUUGGCAUUUACGUGGACUUAUUUCACGGCACCCUGGAAUACUAUCUGAACCGACGUUCACUCGGUCGUGCGUACUCCGCUAUUCCGCGAGAGGAAGGAGUAGCGAUCUAUCCGAUGGUAUCAUCUACGUCCGCCAAAUCAUCAGUUAAGCUCAUAAAUGCCGCUUCGUUCGAAGAUAAUCUUAAGUUUAGUUGCAUGAAGGUGAUCUGCAAGUAUCCGAAACUUCUCGCACAAGUCAAAGCCAUACCGGGGCUCAGGCAAAUCGCGCAAGAGCUGUGGUUCUUGCAACUUAGAGAACCGAGUCGAUCGGAGGUUUUCGCACUGAACAAUUCGCAUCUAGCUGACGAAGCAGUGCUGUGCGGCAAAAAACUUAAACUAUCGACUCGCACAACUACAGUUAGUGGUGGUGCCGCCUCCAAAGCGUUGGAAAUCAAUUCGGAAGCGCAACUAUACGAUAACUUGAUGAAUGACGAGGAUCUUAAUGAUGUAACGGAUCGUUCCUUAACCGUGCGCCAAAAUCGUAGUAGUUCACCCGAGUCAAACAGUGAGGAUGAUGGCGAACUGCCUGUGAUGAUAGGGAACCAAAUUUUCUAGCAGUUUACUAAUACAACUUACAUUAUUAAUUAUCAUGGUUACCAUUACAUUGAGUGCGAUUGACCAGUGCCAUCCACUUAACUUUUUUUUCCUUCUUUUUAUACUUUUCGCGAAUUUUACAAUUCAUCAUGAGCUAAGACCUUAAAGUUGAAGUUAAUACUAAUCCUGUUAGUAAUUCUCCUCUGCCAAGUUAUUAACAUGUACAUGUUUAACAGGGAAUUUUCGAGAAUAUACGGUAUGAAUUAAAAAAAAAAAGAAAAGAAAAGCACGUUCACACUACGAACUAAGUUUUCGUGAACGUUAGAAAUUUUUCCUUUCUCGCUUCAUCCCGUUGAAAUUAUGGACUGCGUUUUCAUUUAUUUUUACUUCGCAUGCAUUGUGAUGUUUAUUGUGCUUCCGUUGAAGGUAAUAAAUAUUUCUAAAGCCAAUACUUCCUGCGCGUAUAUCAAACAUCGUGCCCCGAAUAAAGCAGGAUGAAUACACAGUA